AUGACCACUACAGAGCCUUCUACUGCAGUACGAAGGCAGAGUGGUAAAAUGUAUAGGAAGGGGGGAAAGGGGAAAGGAAAAGGGAAAGGAAAGGGUAAAGGAAAGGGAAAAGGGAAAGGACGAGAAGAUACGUCCGAGGGAGGCUACCACCGAGGUGAUCGGAGUAUGGGUCUACGACAUCGCGAGGACGCCGAGAUUGCCGACCUAGAGAAUAGGCUUAUUAUUGAGUGCCCCCGAGAAGGAGAAAGUGUGGAGCAGUUUGAGAGGAGGAGAGGGUUGGGAGAUGCAGAUGGGGACCAGCAGCAGCAAGCGCGUUCAGGUGUUGUGUCAUUAGCCACUGGCCCUGUCCUCACUGGCCAUGCCUUUGGUGAGCUGCCUCUCUCUCGGAAGACCCAACUAGGCCUCAAGGACCACGGCUUCACCAAGCUUACUCCCAUACAGAGAAGCGCCAUACCCUAUGCUCUAGCGGGACGAGAUGUACUUGGUGAGGCUAGGACGGGUAGUGGCAAAUCGCUGGCUUUCAUUAUACCGGUGAUCGAGAAGCUGUAUCGCAUGAAGUGGAGUGCUGAUGAUGGUGUUGGUGCGGUAUUGAUAUCCCCUACAAGGGAGCUCUCAGCCCAAAUAUUCACCGUGCUGCAGCAGGUUGGCAGCCAUCAUGACUUCUCCGCGGGCUGUGUGGUUGGUGGAAGGAAGUUCCAAGAGGAGCAGAAGGUCUUCCCAUCCCUAUCGAUAGUAGUCUGCACUCCUGGCCGGCUACUACAGCAUAUAGAGGAGACCGCUGGCAGUGACCUCUCUAAUGUCCAAGUGUUGGUAUUAGACGAGGCUGAUAGGAUAUUGGACCUGGGGUUCAAGAGGACUAUUGAGCUCAUCUUGGACGCACUGCCUCCUAAGCGUCAGACGCUACUCUUCUCUGCGACUAUGCGGACCAGUGUUCAGCAACUCGCUACAUUAGCAUUGGAUAACCCUGAGCUCCUAUCCGUUUCGAGGAACUUAAACUCGGCCACCCCCACGGGCCUCCGACAGCUGUGCAUGACAGUAAAGUUAGAAGAGAAGGUGAACUCCUUAUUCAGCUUCCUCAAAACCCAUGCUCAGACCAAGAUAAUAGUCUUCGUCAGUGCCACCAAACAAGUGCGCUUCCUCUAUGAGACCUUCCGACGCCUUAGGCCAGGCCUUGCUGUACUAGAACUUCAUGGCGGUAUGUCUCUUGAUAAGAGGAUGAAGGUAUUCGAUCAGUUCGCCUCAAAGGACAAGGGCCUGUGUCUGAUCUGUACUGAUGUAGCAGCGAGAGGUGUGGACUUCCCACAGGUGGACUGGGUUAUCCAGAUGGACGCACCGGAUACAGCGGAUACCUACAUCCACCGCGUUGGGAGGACUGCUCGCUUCGACAGGAACGGCAAUGCUCUCAUGUUUGCUACUGAGGUGGAACAGGAGUCUCUGCUGCCCGAGCUGACCCAGAAGAAGGUGGAUGUUCGUGUGACCUCUAUCAACAGGAGGCGAAUGUUCAAUAUCGCUGGUAAACUACAGAGUCUGCUAGCAUCCGAGCCUGACGUGAAGCAUCUUGCCAUCAAGGCCGUCCAGGUUUAUGCUAGGGCGGUAGCACUCACUGGCAGGACUAGGCUAACUGAGGAUCAGGUGGCGGCCUAUGCUCAUAGUCUAGGCCUCCACGAAGCCCCUCCGAUAACGCUGCCGACACAGGAGGAAUUGACGAGCGGGAAGAAAAAGAAGAACAUGUCCAAGUUGGAGCGGUUGAAGGAGAAGAUACGGCAAAAGAAGCUGGCUAAGAAGGAGAAGGAGAUGAGUGAGGAAGCAGGGAAGGUUGAGGAGGAAGAGGAGGAGGAUGGUGGCUGGGCUCAGCUUGAGGAAGAUCUACGAGAUAAGAAAGCUACUAAGUUGUCCAAGUUUGAACGCCGCCAGAAGCGGCAGCAGGAGCUCUUUGCUGUUCGAGAGGAUCAAGGGGCUGCUCAAGAGGAUGAGGAUGACGAGGAUGUCCUGGUUACUGUGAAUAAGGAGGGUGAUACCGGCCUUCUGGAGGAGGAGCCAGCUACACAGGCGGAGACGAGAGCUCGGGAUGCUGUCAAGAGGGGGCGACUACGUGUGAGGAAGGAUGGUACGAUGUAUGUGAGGGGAACAGGUGGCCUUGGGAAGAAUCAGCACAUGACUUUUGAUGAUGUGAGUGGUGAUGAGGGAGAGGAGCAGGAGGAGGAGGAGGAGGAUGAGGAUGAUGAGGAGAGUGAGCCAGGGGGAGGUGCUGCUGCGGCUAAGGAGGCAUUCAUUGAGUCGAUGAGGCAGAAGAUGGGGGAGAGAGAGGAGGAGGACAAGAGGUUGAUGCAGGAAAAGGUACGGGACAAGCAUCGUAAGAUUAAGGAGAAGCUCCGCCGAAGGAAGGCUGAUGAUAAUGACGAUGUUGGAGCAGAGGCGGGGGCUGUUCUAGCGAGNNNNAGCAAGCGACAACGAGGCGAUAUGGCUGAUCUCGAGGCGGAGGCAUUGAAGAUGCUGCAGUAG